AUGGCUGUUAGUGGCACCUCAAACACUGAGGGAAGCUCUUCUUCUUCGUUUGCGUCAACAUCGUCCUCUCCUAACUUUGAGAGAAAAGCACAUGAUGAAGGACACCAACAUGAUGAAGCCGAAUCCUCCACUGCAGCGUUCUCAACAGCCCCUUCUUCUUCGUCAGCAUCAUCCUAUCAAUCUGUUACCACCUUUGGCUUGAUGAAGAAGCCUUGCCGAUCCUGCAGCUCUUUGAACAGCACAAAUUACACAUGUCCGAUACCAAUUACAGAUGAGAAUCAAGAUGGCUUUGGACAUCUUUUAUGCGGCUACUGCUCCGAAUUCAUGCCAGCAAGAGGGUUUGGAGGCAAUGAGCCCGCUAUCAAUCAGUGCUGUAGCUUCUGUGGUGUCGUAGCUUGUGAUGAAUAUUGGAAAUGUAAAAACAGAUCCAAUGCUGCUAAACUGUAUAUACUGAGUGAAAUCGAUGAUAUAGGAACCUGGUUAAAAGACGUGGACUCCAUAGAGACCAAGGAAGAUGGACAUUUGAAUCUCGCAGAGAUUGCGUUAUUGCAGAGACACUUGAAUCGGGCAGGCAUAAGCUGGGCAAAUGCUUGGGAGCAAUGUAGGAUCGAUUUGGAUGACAACGUGUACACAUCUCCUAUUGUGAGAAGAAUGACUCCUCUAGGGCUUCAAAUUUACAAUACUCGUCGCCUGCCAGUUUACGACAGCAAUGGUCAAAGCGAUGACGACGAAGACACCUAUUAUGACAGAAUUGGAGAAGAAGGUGUGCUGCCCUCGAUGAACUUGAGAGCAUGCUACUCUUGUGCAGUAACGGUCGUGAAUGGCCAGUUUUAUGGAUACUGGAAGAGUCUCAAGGAAGACGGAUUGAUAGGGCACUUGGAUAAUCGAGACAAAUGCACAAGAGGGAUUCGAUGUGAUGCACAAUGGCGAACACCCAGCCACGCUGAAAGAUUGAGCCAUAUUGACACAGAUGAAAGCAUACCCUACUUUUAG